AUGGAUAUAUUCCGGAAGGCAAAAUCAAUCAGGAUGGUGAGCUACCGCGACAAAUACCUAACCGCGGAUGAGGACGUGGAGAGCGUGAUCCAAGGCGAAUAUCAGCACCCACAAUCGGUGUGGACAGUCGAAUUGGUGGAAUAUCGCGACGCGAUUCGUCUGCGGAGCUGUUUCGGAACGUAUUUGACAGCCUCAAACAUCCCGCUCCUCCCGGGGGUGACGGCGAGGAAGGCGGUGCAGACGAUGUCGCCGCCGCCAGAUCCAGCGAUCGAGUGGGAGCCCCUGCGCGACGGGAUGCAGGUGAAGCUCCGGUCGUGCUGCGGCAACUUCCUCCGCCCUAAGGGCGGCCUGCCGCCGGGGAGGAACAUCGUGACGCACGACGUGCCGCACCUCCCCAAUUCGGGGAACAAGCUCCUCUGGGAUGUCCACGUCGUCGAGAAACAGGCUGGAUCCUUCUCGGAGACCAUGGAUUCCAUCAUAGAAUACAGGUAG